CGCAUCGACAACACUGCGCAGUGGGACCCGGAAGUAGCGGUCGGAGGCGCUUCCUGCCCGUUGAUUAAUCCACUUGUUGAGCAGCUGCGGAGGAAGGAGAGCUCAACAACACGCGCGCACACACACACACACACACAAAAGCUUCACCGAAACUUCCACAAUGGCGGAAGCUGACGGAUAAGAAGCGGGCCCGAACAAAAGAGGGACCGGGCGGUUGAAGCGCCAUGUUCGGUCUGAGGAAUGCCGGGGUCGUCGGCGCCUCGCUGGCCGUCGCGGGGGGAGUCGCGUAUUGCUUCUGGAGCUACGCGUCCUCCUCCGGGGAGACGAAGCCCCGAACGCGGGUGGAGAAAUACGUUAAAAGCGCCGAAGAGGAAGAGGAGGAGGAGAUGAUGAGGAGGAGGAGCGGCGUCGCGACAGAACCGACCCCCGUGGUUCCCGUCGCCGCGGUGCCGCCGGUCGCUGCGGAACGCGGGGACUCAUCGGAGCAGUCUGAGGCCGGGUGGUCCGCCGCGGGGACCCAGGUGCUGGUUCUGGGUCUGGACGGCGCCGGUAAGACCAGCCUGCUGCACUGCUUCUCCACCGGGUGCCUGGAGCAGGACGUGCAGCCGACGGAGGGCUUCAACGCCGUCUCCAUCAGCCGGGAGGACCUGCGCAUCGAGUUCCUGGAGAUUGGAGGCAAAGAGGCGCUGCGGCCCUACUGGGGGAGGUACCUGUCCAAGGCCCUGCUGCUGGUGUUCGUGGUCGAUUCCGCCAACCCGGCGCUUUUCCCCGUCGCUAAGCAGCAUUUGCACGAGCUGCUGGCGUCCGCGCCUCGUCUGCCUUUGAUGGUUCUGGCCAACAAACAGGACCUCCCAGGAAGCUGCGGCAUCACCGACCUCCACGACGCGCUCUCUCUGUCCGAGGCCGGUGACCGCCGCCUGUUCCUCAUCGGCACCCACGUGGGGAGGGGCCGGGCGGAGCUCGCCUCCGGCGUCCAGGACGCCCGGGACCUGAUCAUGCAGAUGGUUUGUGACGGCAGAUAGAAACCGUCUCUCUCUCUCUCGGCCCGCUGGGUUCUCGGCGCACAGCGACAGCAGGUUCUCUGCAGCUUUUCCACUUUGACGACAGCCACCUGUUUAUUUAUGAGAAAAAGUGAAUAUUUCUUUUGUCCUUUGGUAAAGACUCUGGAUUUUAAAGUGUAAAACUUUUUUAGUAAGUAAGAGUAAAUUAGUUAAGUUAAUCAGGGCUGUUCUCGGUCCACAGAAUAUUGAAUACACUGAGCAAAGGUCAAUACAAAGUACUAAAAACCAGGCUGGCGUCUCAGUCUGACACAGUCAGCGAUGGUGCGAAUCAGGACUUCUGGGUAUUUACGCUCUUGGAACUGUUGGCUCUUUCUGCCGGGGUCAAACAGGUCAAACCUACUUACUAAGAUACUCCGAAGCAGUUGAGCCUUCUGAUGUUGUGAUGACAUGUAAACUAUAAAACAUAAUAAAGCGCAGCUCCAACACGGCUGUGAAGUAAAUACUGUUGGCAUUUCUUAUUGAAUGAGCAAAUAAAUAGUCACCAAACUUGCACGCUUUAGUACUACCAAAUCACUUUGUAUCGUUGUCUUUAAAGCUUUAAAACGGUUUAUGACACGUUCAUUGAAAGGAGCGUCUCAAAAUAAAUGUUUAAUUUAUUUUGCUGCUAAAUGCAGUUUUUUUUUUUUUUUAGUGAGAUCUGCUUAAUUAAUCAUCCGGUAACUUCAGGGCGAAAGUUCACAUGUUACACUUGUCUAGAAAUGUCUAAUAUACAGUGUUGCUCAACAGUCUUAUGUACACUUUUUUCAGACUUAAAUAAAUCGUUUUGACUAA